GUGGUGACGUAACGCGCUGCGCGGUGAGGUCAGCGUAGUGCCGCCGUUGCUGGUCCCGCUGCCCGUCGCUCGGUCUGCUUUAGUCGUUUUUUUUUCUUGAGGUACUCGGCCCUUCAGGAGGAGUGUGGAGCUUUGUCUGCGGCCGGUGCUAUACGGUAUUUGCCCUGAUAAGAAGAUCGGUUGGCAACACAGCCUGCUUGCGGCUUAUCGUUAGGUAUCAGAGUUGUACUUCUUUGUACUAUGCCAGAAAUGGAUAUUAGAGCAUAAUUACUAGAGGGAAGUAAUCGGCGAUAAGCUCUGCUUCAAGAGUGACUGGUACAGAAUGCAAUGGGAUCGAUAGCAUGUCUUCAGAGAGUGGCCCUGGGACAAGACUGAGAAAUUUGCCAGUAAUGGGGGAUGGACUAGAAGCUACACAAAUGUCUACAACACAGGCACAGACCCAACCCCAACAAGGCAAUCCUGCAGCCAUUAACCCAUCUCCACCUGAGACCUCAAAUCCUAGUAAACCCAAGCGCAUGACCAACCAACUACAGUACCUACUCAAAGUGGUGCUCAGGACACUAUGGAAACAUCAGUUUUCAUGGCCUUUCCAGCAGCCUGUGGAUGCUGUCAAGCUAAACCUCCCUGAUUAUUACAAAAUUAUUAAAACUCCUAUGGACAUGGGAACAAUAAAGAAACGCUUGGAGAAUAACUACUACUGGAAUGCACAAGAAUGUAUCCAGGACUUCAAUACAAUGUUUACAAAUUGUUACAUCUAUAAUAAGCCAGGGGAUGAUAUUGUUUUGAUGGCAGAAGCUCUAGAAAAACUCUUCCUACAAAAAAUCUCUGAAAUGACCCAGGAAGAAACAGAAAUUGUUAUAGUCCAAACAAAAGGGAGAGGACGUGGUAGGAAGGAAACAGUGACAUCAAAGCCAGGAGCAUCAGCGGUACAGAAUGCAACUCAAGCAUCAUCCCCACCACAGACGCAGGCUCCACCCCAGAAUUCUCAGCCGGUGCAAACAACUCAUUCCUUUCCCUCUCUAACCCCUGACCUAAUUGUUCAGACACCAGUAAUGACAGUGGUGCCGCCCCAGCCUCCUGCAGCACUGCCUCCUCCCCUCCCACCUUCAGCCUCCGCUCCUCAGCCCUCUCAGACACACACCCCGAUUAUCCCAACAUCUGCACAACCCAUGAAGACAAAAAAGGGAGUGAAGAGGAAAGCAGACACUACAACUCCUACUACAAUAGACCCAGUUCAUGAACCAUCAUCAUUGCCAGUUGAACCCAAGUCUGUCAAGACAGGUCCACGAAGGGAAAGCCGACCUGUGAAACCUCCAAAGAAGGAUGUUCCAGAUUCUCAGCAACAUGUAGUAGAAAAAAGUAACAGUAGCAAAGUGUCAGAGCACUUAAAGUAUUGUGGUGGCAUCAUAAAGGAGAUGUUUGCUAAGAAACAUGCUGCAUAUGCAUGGCCCUUCUACAAACCUGUGGAUGUGGACGCUCUUGGACUCCAUGAUUAUCGUGAUAUCAUUAAGCAUCCCAUGGACCUGAGUACAAUUAAAUCAAAAUUGGAGAACCGGGAUUAUAGAGAUGCUCAGGAAUUUUCAGCUGAUGUCCGAUUGAUGUUUUCCAAUUGUUACAAAUAUAACCCUCCAGAUCAUGAGGUAGUGGCCAUGGCACGGAAACUACAGGAUGUCUUUGAAAUGCGGUUUGCUAAAAUGCCAGAUGAACCUGAAGAACCUGUGAUUCCAGCUUCCUCUCCAGUAGUAGUGCAGCCACAACCCAAAGUGCCCCCACCAUCAUCCAGUGACAGCAGCAGUGAUAGUUCUUCUGAUAGUGACAGUUCAUCAGAUGAUUCUGAAGAAGAACGAGCUCAGCGGCUAGCAGAGCUCCAGGAACAGCUUAAAGCAGUGCAUGAACAGUUGGCUGCUCUGUCACAGCCACAACAGAAUAAACCAAAGAAAAAAGAGAAAGACAAGAAAGAAAAGAAAAAAGAGAAGCACAAAAAGAAAGAAGAAGUAGAAGAAAAUAAAAAAAAUAAAGCCAAGGAUCCACCAACUAAGAAGGUUAAGAAGAAUAAUGGCAAUAGCAAUAGCUCAAGUAAUAAGAAGGAGCCUGUGACUGUGAAGAAUACCAAGCCACCUCCAGUUUAUGAGUCUGAGGAGGAGGAGAAAUGUAAGCCAAUGUCUUAUGAAGAAAAAAGACAAUUGAGCCUGGACAUUAACAAGCUCCCUGGUGAGAAAUUAGGCCGAGUUGUCCAUAUCAUCCAAUCAAGAGAACCCUCGCUUAAAAACUCCAAUCCUGAUGAGAUUGAAAUUGACUUUGAAACAUUAAAGGCAUCCACUUUGCGGGAGCUGGAGCGAUAUGUAACAUCUUGUUUACGGAAAAAAAGGAAACCUCAAGCAGAGAAAGUGGAUGUAAUUGCUGGUUCCUCUAAAAUGAAGGGAUUCUCCUCUUCAGAGUCUGAGAGCACCAGUGAGUCCAGCUCCUCCGACAGUGAAGAUUCAGAAACAGAAGUUGAGGAAUUGGCUGCUUUCCAGAACAAUAUACACUAUGUCAGAAAAAAGCAACUACAUGAAAGGAAAUAGAUCUGAAAUUAGUGGAAUUAAUAGAUGGAAUUUUGCUGUACAGUAUGCUCAAUUUCUACUUAAAAAUAAUCUGUAUAAUAUAUUGGGAUUUCAUGUAAGAAAAUAAGCAGCUUUAUUUCUUUUUAUUUAUAUUGCUUGUAAAAAGGCUUCUGUUGGUGUUGGUUCAUAAAAGGGAAAGGGAAAUAAUACAAAUAGACUUUUUAAAAUUAUGUUGGCUAAAGUGAUAGGGAAUGUACGAAUGUACAAAGGCUUUUUUUGUUUUAAAAUUAAUUUCAAAUAUAGAUAUCAUUUCAUGUUUCCUUUCUUCCUCAAGCUGCCAUAUAUUACAAAAACAGGUUUUUUAGAAUCACAAUUCUGCAAUGAAACUUUCUGUGUAGCAAAGUAUAACAAAAAUAUGUGCUGCUUUUAUUUUUAUUAAUAGUGCUGACUUCGAUUUAUAUUUCUGCAUUAAACCUCUGUUUAUAAAUUUUGAAGUCAUCUUGAUGAAACCCCGAUACUAGACAAAGAUUACCAGCUUUUGACCAGACCUGAGACACAAAUCCUUACAUAGUCUACAUAGACUGGUGUAAUGAAAAAUCUCAUUUUAAUUUUGUUUUCCUUCUAAAACAAGUUUAUUUUUCAUUAGCGGCACAAAAAAUAGCUCUGAUGAUGUGUCUUGCUUUUUCCUUUAGUAUUCAUUUUUAUCAUAGGCUUUUGUUGUUGUUAUUGUUGUUUAGAAAAAGGGGAAAGGGAGGCUUGCUCUUCACUUUUUUAUCAGACCUUAAAGCUUUGAUAGCAAUUGAGUUUAUUCAUUUAUUUCAUAAAUGACUAUAGACUGGUGACUUGCCUUGAUCAUGUCAUUCCUUAAGGGCAUUUUUAUAGUAUCUCCUAAUAGUUUUUAAUUGUUUUUUUAUCAAUGUGAAAUGGUAUUUUUUUACCUAUUUUUAAUUAUUGGCUUGAUAUACUUGUUUAUUAGAUUAGCAUGCAUUGUAUUUUGAUGAAGUGUCUUUUAAAGAGGUUUAUUCUAGAAGUGGAAUAUAAAGAAGGUAGUAGUAUUUACCAGGCAGAUAACAGCUUAAAGAAAAUUUUGUGCCACCUUGAGUAUCUUAGCUGAUAAUAUAUUGGUCUUAUGUCAGUAUAUGAGUUCUUGUUCUUGUUCUGUGUUUUAAAUGGGCUUGUUGUUAAGGGUACUUAAUGAUCAUUUCACACAUGGUCUAAGUAUAUGUUUUCAAUGUGUAAAACUAGUUAGAUAAAAUUUCACUUUAAAAUGUUUUAGAUCAUAAUCAGACAUGUCAGGUGUAGCUUCAUGGAUUGAAUAUUUAAAAAGAUAUAUUACUAAACUGUGCCCAAUGUCACAUCUCUAGAUAGUCAAGCAUAAAGCAGAAGGAGAGUUUAAUUGUUGAUCCAUUUCUGUUUUCUCACAUAACAUAGGAAGUGUAUCUUGCAUGGAUAUGCAGUAUGUUUUGAGUCUAAAUUGUCUCCAAUUUGAAAUGCACCAUUUCGGUUGCUAAAUGGUUAUUUCAAUUCUUUUGGGAGUGUGUUGGGCUUGAAACAGUAUACUAAGUGGCGUUGUUUGAUGUUUAAAACUCUCCAAAAAUAAUGGAACCAGUUUAAUACAAGUUGUUCUGUAUAUCAGUGGUUAGAGACUCUGAGCUUGUCAGCCUCUGCAAAGCUGAUAGCUCAGAUUUGAGACCCGAACACUGUGCAACAGGAUGAGCUCCCGUUCCUGCCCCACUUUCUCCCCCCGAGUAGUUUGAAAGCAUGCAAAUGUGAGUAGAUUAAUAGGUACCACUUAGGUGAGAAGGUAACUGUGUUACGUGCGCUUUUGGUGUAUAGACAUGCUGGUCACAUACCACGGAAAAUGUCUUCAGACAACAUUGGCUCCCUUGGUAUUGCGUCCUAGAGUCAGAUACGACUGGAUAAGGAAACCUUUACCUUCACCCUUUUAUUUUAAAUUAGUAAUAUUCGGUUAGAACUUAAAUAAUGAAGUUCGACUAAUUAAUUAAUAUGAUAAUGCAGUAACUUUGUAUAUUUAUCUGUAUUGCAUACCUGCUUGAAUACAAUUAGUCCUUGAUGUAUGACCAUUCACUCAGCGACCAUUAAUUAUAUCUGUGCUGAAUAAAGGGACUUAAUACUGGUCCCCAAACUUACAGCUGUGGCAAUGCCCCUGCUGUCAUGUCAUCCAAAUUGAGGCAUUUAGCAGCAUGCCCACAAUUAAAUGCCUGCAGGAUUGCUUCAAUUCCUUUCAGCCACUUAUCUCUCUACUCCACCCCAUCUAUGUUUUUUGGGUUCUCUGCAUUGUGCAGCCUCUGCAGCCCUAGCUGACCUUCACCAUCUUUCUUCCAUUGCUGUGCAGCCUGACCCUUUGCAAAGCAGCUGCUGAACACAUGAGACUUUCUUCCCCAGGUUGUGCACAAUGGGUCCUUCUGAGAAUUGUGGAAAAUGGCCUUAACCAGCCAGCAGGUGCUGGGAACCAGGCUGGGGAUGCCUCAGCAGCAGCUGGAGAAAGGUCAAGUGGGAGCAGCAGAGUGCAGGGUAGCUGGAGCCGUGGAAUGCAAGGUGGCUAGAACAAGUGCAGCUGUGGCUUCCCAGGAUGGAGCCGUGGAAUGCAAGGUGGCUAGAACAAGUGCAGCUGUGGCUUCCCAGGAUGGCCAAUAGUGGGCCAAGCUAAGGGCUGGACUUCACACUGUACUCAGGCUUUUUGCAGCCCCAGAGCCAUGGUGCACCAGAAGCCCCUUUGUGCUUCAGCUGGAGCUGAGCUUUUUGUGUGAAAGAUUUUACACUAUACUGCGGCUCAGAGCUUCUUGCAACCCAGAGUCCAGCCCCAGCUCAGCAGCAUGAUGCUUAAGGGCUUCUUAAUGUGCCAGAUCCGUGGUGCGCCAAGAAGCUCCUUUACACCAUGUUGCUGGGCAGGGCUGGGAUUAGGCUUUGCAAUGUGAUUUAGGGGUUCUUUCAGCCCCAGAGUUACAGGCCUGGUCCAGCAGCUUGACAGAAAGAGGCUUCUUGAAAUGCAACAACUCUGGGGCAACAAGAGCCAUGGCGCAAAGCCCAGCCCCAGAGUUACAGUGUGCCAAGAAGCCCCUGUGUGCCAUGGUGUUGGGCCAGGCUGAGGCAGCUGAGGCUUUCAAUGGCAGCUGCAGUUUUGAUGCAGUUCAGGGGCUUCUGGAAACCCCAGAACUACAAUGCUCCAAGAAGCCCCUGAGCUAUAGGAUAUUCUUUUUCUGGCCUCCCUGCAUUUGUACACGUGCAUGUGUGCGCCCCAGCCUUCCUGAGCCCCAGGCAGCCUGAGCAGUCCUCAUCCUCUGUAUUCCUAUCCCUGGAUACCUCCACUUCUCACUUAACGACCUGCACAUCUGGAGUUAGGAUAGCAAAUUAGGAGUCAGGAUUGCCGUCGCUAAGCAAUGCAGACAUGUAGCAUUGUGCUUUAGAACUGCAUUGCUUAGCAACCAAAUUCUGGUCCCAACUGAUCCUAAAGUCAGUGGCUACCUAUAGAAGCUAAGUUAUUUUUACCUUUGAUUUGCAUGGAAUAUAGAUUGCACCAGAAGCAGGUGACAUAAGUCUUUCACAGCUUUUUCAAACUGCAAUUUAUAGUGACUUAGUAAGGAGAAGAACCAGUUGUGAACUCAUAUAUACAGUGUCAGAUGAAUAAAUGAGGCUGUACUUUACUGCAUUAUAGUUUAUAUUCUUGCAUAAUUCUCCCAUCACGAAGAAGAAAGUUCAUAUCCUGGCCUUGACUAUAACUAACUCAUAUUUUUAUUUGGAUGAAACUUAGGGUUUUUUGAAAACUAUAAUGGUUUUUCUCAAAUUCUCUUUUACUCCUGAAAUCUACAUCAUAACUUAGUAUAUUGCAUUCACUGAGGAACAUUUUCAUUGAAAUAUGAUUCAGCUGUGAAAUUUUAAAUAAUGACUAGAGAUAUGUUGGCUUGUUGCACAAGGCAAGGCAACCUGUUACAAUGUGCACUUCAAAAUGUUGCCUUUGCUUUAAUAUAUGGCAAACAAACUAAGUUAAAAAAAAGUUUCUUAGCAACUCACUUCUGUUGUAUAUUAAUUGCAUGGCAUAAUUUAGUGCUUAAUCUGUUACUUUUUACUUUACUGUGUCUAUAUCUGAAUUUGUAGUUACCUAUUAAUUACUUCUGACCUGAGGAAAAAAAUAGACCAAUCCUUUAUCCUGAUUAAGAAUUAUCCAGACUGAUGGAGACUUUUACAGAAAUGUUAUCUCCCCCCCCCCCACUUUGUGUAUGUAUGUGUGUGUGUGUGUGCAUAUACUCAGAAAUUUUAUUGUGAUAUGCGAAAGCUGCUUUUAUUGUUAUAUGGGGAAACUUUUUAAAAAUUCUUCCAUUAAAAGCAGCUCAGUAAUCAGACAUGAAAGAUACAAAAAAGUUACACUAAAAAAUAACAAUGCUAACAGGAUGUGUCCGUUUGUCAAAAAUCAUAUAAAGAUAGCUAUGUUUUGAAGCACUUAGUUAAUUAUCUUCAACAUUUUGGUAUAGCAUUAAAUGUAUUUCUAAACAGGUUUUUUUUUAAAUGAGUUUUUAUACUACAGUACAACUUUAUAAAAUGAAUCUGUGAUAUACAUCAAUACUUACGGAAGUAUGUGGCUGCCCUUUUUGUACACACCCAAAUAAACGUGUUAAGAAAAAUCUGAAUUUUAAGUUCCAUAUUUAAUGAUGGCUUAGAGCAGAAUCAUACAGUAAUCUUGACAGUCAGUGACAAGGAAUAAUAUAUGAAUUGUUACUAUCCAAACUUUUAGGGUUUUAGUGGGUUACCUAUCUAGUAAUAAUAAAUUUUGGAGAGAGUAGUAGCUAUAUUUUUCCAGUUUCAAGAACACACAGAACGUCCAAACAAAUUAGUCACUAAAUCCAUCAUAAAAAUAUAGUUUACUUGGGAAGGUUAUUUAUAAACAAAAAUAUGUAUUUGGGGAUUUAAAAUAAAUGUCUUUAUUAAUAUUGUUAAUUUUUUUCUCCAUUUGCAUUUGUUCCUACCAUUUGUUUUUAAUUUUUAUUAAGGGAUGGGAUAAAAAUUGACCUUUUUUUGAUUGGAAUGUAUAAAUUGCAUGUUUAAGUAAAGCUGUAAUUCAUCUUUCCCUUGAUUGUUCAAAAUGCAUUAAUCAUGAAUUGAGUAUCUGCUGUCAUUGUACAGUUACUAUAUUUUUGUUUGAAUAAUAAAAAUAAAGAAUUUAUUUUUGCUGGAAAAAAUGUACCU